AUGUCAGCUAUUUCUUUAAUUUUGCUGUUUGGUAGUGUCUCUAGUGUUGAAGAUCAUGGCUACAGUGUAGAGUUGGGAAUCAAGGGAUUAAAGGCAUUUCUUCCAAGUAAAAAUGCUGAAGCUUUUAUAAAGACUUGUAAUUGUGGAUCUCCUUUGAGUGUUGGUCAGCCAUUGUGGUGUGUAACGCAAUUUAAAGAUAAAUUCAAAUGUACAGAAGGAGAAAAUCAUGUUCUGACUGUAACCAUAGAUCCGUUAGCAGUACAAUCUUCAGCACUGACAGAUACCAGUAAUUUGAACUGUUUUUUGCCUGGAAUGAAUUUCAAAGGAUUAAUCCAAAGUGUUUUUGAUGGAGGGCUGGUUGUGAAUGUUUUAACAUUUCCAGGCCAUGUUCAUAUCACUCAUUUGUGGAAACAUCCAAAACUUUUCUCUGUUGGCCAGCAGGUCAGCCUGAAGCUUUUGUACAUAGAUGUAAACACUAAAACACUACAUUUGACAGCACUCCCUAAACAUGUUCAGUUUGAUGGUAGACCUGUUAAGGUUUUUGGAGAUUUGCAAAUCAGUACUAUCUGUGAAGCUAAAGUUGCUUGGACUCAGAAAAAAAAAGGUGUUAUGUUUCAUUUACCUAACAACAUUACAGGCUUUGCUGCUAUGAGCCAGUUGAGUGAUGUCAAUAAAGAGUCUGCUAAGCUUCAGAAAUAUACUCCUAACUCAACACACAAGUGUCGAAUUCUUGGAUUUAAUUUCAUGGAUGGACUGGCUCUUAUCACUCUGAAAAAACGUAUUCUACAGAUGAAAUUUAUUCAAAUAAAUGAAAUUUCUGUUGGUGAACUAUUAGAAGUCAUUGUGAAAGAUGUGACUGCUAAUGGAAUCCUUGUCAAACUGGCCAAGUCUAUCUUCUCUUUCAUCACUUGUCUACAUUUGGCUGAUGUGCCCAUAAAAAAACCUGAAAAGAAAUUUACCCCAGGAAUGAAAUUAAAAUGUAGAGUCCUUGGUGUUGAUGUUGAAAAGAAUAAAGUAUUUUUAACUCACAAACAGUCCUUAGUGAAGUUGAAGGACCCUGUUACAGAGUAUAGCCAGUUGAGACCUCAGAUGGAAUUGGAAGGUUAUAUCAGUGCUAUUAAAGAAAGAGUAUUAAUUGUGACAUUCUUUAAUAAUGUUAAAGGUUAUGUUACUUUAAAGGAUAUGAGCAAAGAGAAGGUGGAGAGUCCUGACAGUCUCUUUUAUGUUGGACAAGUCAUUAGAUGUCGUGUUGUCUUCUUCAAUGCUGUAGAAAAGAAGUUGAAACUCUCUUUUAAUUUUGGGGAUGAACCUGUGACUAGUCCUAGAAAAUGUUUAGAACCUUUGGAUAUUUCUAUCAGAAAGAUCAAUGAAGCUGUCAUUUUAUCUGUAGAUAGUAUUGGUUAUACUCUUGGUAUUCAAAACAAGAGAAAAGCAUUCCUACCAUUCUAUCACUUGUCUGAUUUCCAUGAAGUACAAGAACUCAGAAAAAUGUCAUUUAAGCCUGGUCACAAACUUCAGGGACUGACAUUCUUCAAACAGAAAGAGAAACUUAUAUUGACAAUGAAGGAAUCUUUUGUCUCAGCAGCUGACACCAAUAAUUUGUUAGAAACAUUUGAAGACUUGAAGAAUGGAAUGUUCCUGCCAGCUGUCAUUAAAAACCAUCAAGAUUAUGGAAUGUUUUUGGAAAUAGUCAAUGGCUACACUGGGCUAUGUCCAUUUAAGACUCUUAGCUACAUUCAGCCAUCAAACUUACAAGAACUUUUCAAACCUGGUCAAUCUGUGAUGACAAGACUUGUUAAGAUUGAUACUGAAAAACAGACAUUCCUAGGCAGUGUAAAUAUUAAGGAGUGCUGUGAAAGUGGAGUUGAUUCAUCUCUAAGUACACUCAGGAGUUAUCUUCUCUCUAGGACAAAGGCUCACCUUCAGCUGUUUAAUGAACAGGAUGAACUAGCUGUAUAUAAUGAUCUGAAAGUUGGUGACUUUGUUGAAGUGGUGGUUAAUUCCGUGCUUAAAAAAGGUAUUCUUUGUGACACAAUAACUGGGGCUAAAGGACUUGUUACAAAAGAUCAUUUUGGAGAUUUACAACCUAAAGUGGGCAAAUGUUACCAAGGAGUUAUUCUCUUUAUUGACCUCCUUACACCUUGCAUCGAAGUAACUUUAGACUCCAAAGUUGUUCAAGCUGUCAAAUCAUUCAAAGAAACUGAUAAAACCAAGCUGAAGACCAAUCAAAUCUUGAAGGCUAACAUUUUGUUGAUGAAGCCAGAGUUCAUGUUGAUGGGAUUAAAAGGUCAUGGUAGUGGAAAGUUUGUCUAUGUACCAGUCAAACAAAAUCUGAAUGAUGUCAACUUGAAACCUUUCAAGAUAGGAUCUUAUACUGAGGUUGUUAUUAAAGACUACAUUGAAGGAUUGCAGUUGGCAGUUUUUAAAAUGCAUGACUUGAAAGUAACUCCAGACAAAUAUCACCAAGCUGAGACCAAUCAAAGCAAUCUAAUGGACAUUGUUGAGGAAGCCAAUGUCAUGCCACCAAGAAAAGUGAGAAAAAGAACAACUACAGAAGUCAAGAAACCAAAAAAGGUUUUAAAAAAAAGUGAAAACAUUCACACCAUUGAAAACAAUGAGAAUGUUUCAGACAAUGAAUGCUUAAAGUCAUUGCAAGGUAAUGUACCCCGAUUGACAAUUGAAGUCUUUUCAUGGAAAGGGGAAGUAAUACCCCAUCAAAAAUAUCCUCACAGACAGGAGAGUGAUGAUGAAAUGGAAACAACAAAAAGUGAAUCUCUUGAAAUGAAAAACAGAAAGCAUGCAGAGGAGCUCAAACUACAAGAACAUGAAUUAGAUCAACUCAAAGACAUUACUCAUGUCCAAAGUUCUUCAGACUUUGAAAAGCUAGUUCUUCAGUCCCCUAAUAGUUCUGUAGUUUGGAUUGCUUAUAUGACUUACCACGUUGAGUUGGGAGAGCUAGAGAAGGCAAGACUUGUAGCAGAGAGAGCUAUCAACACUAUUUCAUUUAGAGAAGAACAAGAAAAAAUAAAUGUUUGGAUGGCUUAUUUGAACAUGGAGACAAUAUAUGGUGACCCAACAGAUGUGAAGAAAUUAUUACAUCGAGCAGUGUCAUGCAAUAAUCCUUUGGAUAUAAAUUUGAAGAUGUGCAACAUCUAUGUUGCAAAUGGGAAAACGUUUGAAGUUGAGGAGUUGUUUACAUUUUUAUGUCAUGACUUAAAACAUGAAAAGUUAGUAUGGAAAUCUUAUGCUCACUUUCUUUUUAAGUCUGGACAAGUGGACAUUGCAAGAAGUGUGUUGCAUCAUGCACUUCUUGAUUUAGAUAAACGUGAUCAUGUCGAAGUGAUCAUCAAAUUUGCAACUCUUGAAUUUUCUCAUGGUGAUAUUGAAAGAGGCUGCACAAUCUUUGAAAAUUUAAUAGCCAGCUACUUAGGUCGAACUGACCUAUGGUCAGUGUAUGUAGAUAUGAUGGUCAAGAGUGGAGAUAUAGCUGGUGCUCGGUGAGUUGACAUUUUAGUGCUGUUAACUAUGUUCUUGGUGAAUUUGAAUGAUGUGUGGCACAUGCCAAAACACAAUCUCCAAGGGAUUUCUGAUGAAGUGGUGAAAAAAAGGACUUCAAAAAGCUUGUAGUAUAUGGAUAGAUGUAUUAUAUAUAUAUAUAGAUUUAUACAAUUCCUCUUGUUAGUUUGCAAACUAUUCAUGGGCAAAAUCUGGACAUAGAUUUGGAAAACAGCUCUAAUGAUUUUCCUUCUAGGCCACACAUUGAAAACAUUUGUCAGUUAUAAUUUGAAAAUUAAUUUAGGGUUUGUACUCCCAAGCUUUCUUUGUAUUCAGUAAAGAGUUCAAAUAAAUGGAUGUUCAUGUGCAUUUUGUGUAUUGACUUGUGUAGAAAUUAGCUUGACAUAAAGGAAGAAAUUAAUUGUGCAUGUUUUCUGGAAAGACUCCAUGUAAUAGGCUUUUACAUUGUCCAGCCACCUUUUCUUCCGAUGACCCUUUCUUUGAAGGACGACUCUAGACAGUCUUGUCUUACAAUAUAACCAGCUCAGCUUUUGCCUUUUCACAGUAUUGAGGAGUUCCUCAUUUUUGCCAGCCAGAUUGUUUACGUCUAACAGUACAAACUCAUUUGUCUUCUUCUGAAAGUAUGAUACAAGGUGGCCACACUUUGUCAUCAGUGUAUCUACAAUAAAGAAAUGCCCUUAGAGAACUGAUCACUCCAUAUGUCCCUCAGAGAACUCUGCACUCCAUGGACUCAAUACUUCUAGUUAUGCCAUGUUUCUCUCUCAAAAGUUUGUGGGCUUUUUCAGUACACUGAAUUUGACAUGACUCCCCAUUGAUCUCAGACAACAUGCUACACUACAUUCAAGAAGAACAUUUAGACCUAUCUGUUCAAAAAUGUAUUAGAUUAUAGUCUUUUUAGCUCUCAUGUUUAUGUUUGUAAUGUUACCUUGAGCAUACAUUAGGUUUGUUAAGAGAGCUCCAUACAUUAAAUUAUUAGUAUUAUUUAAGUAAAAUGACAAGAAGAUAAGAAUGUGACAGUCAAAAUUCUCACAGAAUUACAAUUUCAUUUUUUUUGUAUUUUUUUUUUUGUAAUAGAACAAAAAAUUUGUAUGAGCUCUAAAAGUAUUAUUUCCUUAUCAAAUCUUUCAGCAUCUCACUGUCUCCUUUAGGGGAAAUAGAUAUUCUCCCACUAUUGUUAUCAUUAUUAAAAGAAAAACUAAUUCUUUUAAUUGACUAUACUUUUAUAAAUAUGGUCUGAAUUAAUCAUUAAGUUUUUAACCUGAUGUGAUUUAAAGUCUUAUAAAUUUCAUUGCAGUUUUAACAAAUCUAUUUGUGUUUGUCUACUGCCAUUUGUUAGAGAGAGCUGUUAAACAGAAGUUUAAUGCUAAGAAACUCUCUUUUCUGCUACAAAAAUUUAAGAGAUUUGAAGAAACCCAUGGCACAGAGGAACAGGUGGAAAAAGUCAAAGAAUUGGCAUCUAGUGUAUUGAAUUAGUUUGUUAUUGAAUAAAAAAAAAUAUUUUCUUAAUGUAUUGCUUACCGGUAUUUUAUGUUUUGUUUUUUUAAUUGGUUUUAGUGAGUACU